UCAAUAAAACGUGUCAUCUUUUGCCGUUACACCCCAUCGGUGAUGCGCAUCUUUGUUUCUGUUUUUCAUUUUAGAGUUCACUCCGAUUCACCUAACAAAAAUAACUGACAUCAGCUUUUGCCAUACGAAAGGUUUGUAUGCCUGAGAGAAAUCAUUGUUCGAGAAGCUUGAAGAAUAACAAUGGCCAUGAUGAUGAUGAGCAUGAUGGUUGCAGUUAAUUCUACAUCUGAUAUGGAAAAAAAUCUGGCUCAUGAUCAUGCACAGGUUGUUCCUAUAACACUCUUUGUCGCUGUUCUUUGCCUAUGUUUGCUCAUUGGUCACUUGCUUGAAGAGAGUCGAUGGAUUAAUGAAUCCAUUGUCGCCAUUUUUGUUGGAUGCAUUGCUGGAUUGGUUAUCUUGUUAAUAACUAAGGGAAAAAGUUCUCGAAUUCUUACAUUUAAUGAAGAAGUAUUCUUCAUAUAUCUACUUCCUCCUAUAAUAUUCAAUGCAGGAUUUCAGGUGAAGAAGAAACAGUUCUUCCAUAACUUUUUAACCAUCAUGCUCUUUGGAGUUGUCGGUGUUUUCAUUUCAACGUCUAUUAUUACCGGUGGCAGCUGGUGGCUGUUUCCCAAGUUGGCCUUCCCUUACCUGACAGCGCGAGAUUAUCUCGCUUUAGGAGUAAUUUUCUCCUCAACCGACACAGUAUGUACGCUACAGGUUCUUAAUCAAGAAGCUACUCCUUUACUAUACAGCUUAGUCUUUGGGGAAGGAGUGGUAAACGAUGCAACAUCAGUUGUACUCUUCAAUGCAGUCCAAAAGCUUGAUGUUUCAAGACUUAACGGCAAGGCACUCCGUGUUGUUGGUGAUUUCUUGUAUCUAUUCGCAGCAAGCACUGCGCUUGGAGUCAUAGCUGGACUUGUCACAGCAUAUAUCUUGAAAGCGUUAACCUUUGGAAAACAUUCAAGUGUUCGUGAAAUCUCAAUGAUGAUGUUAAUGGCAUAUCUAUCCUACAUGUUGGCAGAGCUACUUGAACUAAGUGGAAUCCUCACUGUUUUCUUCUGUGGAAUAUCAAUGUCACAUUAUGCAUGGCAUAAUGUGACUGAAAUUUCAAGAACCACAACCAGGCACGUGUUUGCAACAAUGUCGUUUAUUGCCGAAACCUUCAUAUUUCUUUACGUCGGUAUGGAUGCGCUUGACAUUGAAAAGUGGAGGAUGACCCAUUUAAGAUUUGGAAAUUUGAUGGGAAUUUACAGCUGCUUAAUCUUCUUAAUAUUGCUGGGGAGGGCUGCAUUUGUUUUUCCCCUCUCAGCACUGGUCAAUUAUAUGAAUAGGCGCGUCGAAGAUACACCUAGUAUCACAUUACAACACCAGAUAAUCAUUUGGUGGGCUGGACUAAUGAGGGGAGCAGUCUCCAUCGCAUUGGCCUUCAAACAGUUCACGUUUUCUGGGGUUACUUCAGAUCCGGUUAAAGCAACCAUGAUUACCAACACUAUUAUUGUUGUCCUUUUCACUACACUCGUGUUUGGUUGCGUCACAAAACCACUUGUUAGACAUCUUCUUCCCCACCACCAUGCAAGAAGGGUAGACAAGAGACCGGAUGAAUCAGGGUCAGGGUCAGGGUCACCCGUCGGGGACUUGAAUCUACCUUUGCUAUCGUUUCACGAGUCAGCAGAAACCAACAUUAGCCGCGCAAAGGAAAGCCUAUCCAUGCUAAUAGAAAGUCCUGUGUACACCAUACAUUACUAUUGGAGGAAGUUUGAUGAUGCCUACAUGAGACCUAUAUUUGGAGGACCUUGCUCUAACCCUAACCCUAGCCCUAACCCUUCAGAGUGCUAGCAAAUCAAUUCAACAUAUCAUAUUGGAUAUCUAAGAGAUAAAGAUGCACUUGAAAGUUGGAAAACAAAUGAUGAUCCGCGUUAGUCCAGUUUUGAAGAUCAAGCAUCUUCAAAGCACAUUCAACACGAGUUAGGGACGAAUAUCGCAGAAAAAAGUGAACUUGAAGCGCUCUAAGUAAGUAGUUAGUUUCUUCAGACUGAUCAAUCUCGAGGCAUGUUAGAAAUAUCACACUUUUUGAGUUAUUGUAUACUCUAGAAAAAAUUUGGUUGAUCAAAAUACUAGUUCUUUUUUGUUUAUUGUUCGAAUUAUAAGAAUACAGAUUGCAGAUUAAGGUGUAAAGGGAGGGAUAUAUAUAACUUGAAAUUCUUGUCAUUGAGUGAAAAGCACAUUGUGUUUUAUGA